CAACCCGUGGUUAGCGUGUAGUCUGUGUGUGUGAGUUGUUAGCCUGCUGCUAAAAUAAAAUGCCACCUAAAGGUAAAGGAGGUAAAGGUGCCAAGGGUGGUGACAGCGGAGACUCGGACAAAAAGGAGAAAGCACAGAAAGGAGGGACGGCAGUAAAGGUGCGUCACAUCCUGUGUGAGAAACACGGUAAGUGUAUGGAGGCGAUGGAGAAGCUAAAAUCUGGAGUGCGCUUCAGUGAGGUGGCAUCACAGUACAGCGAGGACAAAGCCAGACAAGGGGGAGACCUGGGCUGGAUGACCCGAGGAUCGAUGGUGGGACCGUUUCAAGAUGCUGCGUUUGCGUUAGCAGUCAGCACGAUGGAUAAGCCAGUAUACACAGACCCUCCGGUCAAGACAAAGUUCGGCUACCACAUCAUCAUGGUCGAGGGCAAAAAGUGACCUCUGUACCUGACCACAUCACACGGCUUUUCUCUUUUAGCUUGUUUUGCAGCGUAUUCAUUUUUCUUACAAUAAACGUCAGCCAUUUUAAAGCGUGUACAUAAAAGACAAUAAAACACAGUGAAUUAA